AUGCCCAUGAAUGGCGAGGAGGGUGAACCCGUGGAGGAUCCCAAAAAUGUCUCACCAGGAAUGUUCCUGUAUAAGCUUGCUUUUGUGGUCCCGGAAACGAUUCUCAGCGAGAUAUCCGUCGAGUGGUCUUUCUCAAUAGGUAGGGAUAGCAACCUUGGCCAUGGCUACACAGAGCACAAUGAUAAAAGGAAGUCUUAA